UCCUUAGAAACCGAGGCACGAUAAAAUUAGAAUGCUAAAAAAUACAUAUAGAUCAAACUUUUCAUCACAUGUAUUUGACUUAACGUCGUUUGUACUGUUUAAAAUCUAAGACAUUAUGGCAAAAAUGAAAUCUCAUACUGAUCAAGCUUCAAUUGUCGUUCCACCACCACCUUCGAGAUUUACAUUGAAUGAAUGGCAUCUAAAUAAUUGUUUCAGAUAUCGAUGCUCUAUAGCACAACAAGAAUUAGCUGAUAGCCUUUUAUCGGAAUCGCAAAGAGUUUGCGAAUUAACUGCCGAAACAGCUAAAAGUAAUAAAGAGGAAACAGAUCAUCGGCUUAAAGAAAAAAUAGAGGAUAUUGAUUUUCGUAAAAAAGAAUUAUUAAGAAUAAGAAAGGAAGUACUUCUUGAGAUUGAUGCUCUUUCUAUAUAUAAAGAACGUAUUAUGGAUGCACUUUCUUCUGUAAAAAGAAAUGCUCUUGUUAUUUCUGAAAAGUGCAUUAUUGCAAGAGAACACAGAUUAGGUAUAGAUUUAGUCCAUGAUCAGGUCGAAGUAGAAUUAUUGAAAGAGUGUGAUGUGAUUAAAGGUGCAGAAAUUUUGUUAACACGUAUUCUGGAACAAACUCAAGAACAAAUUCGUAGAUUAAAGGCUACUCUUUAUUACAUGGAUCAUGAUCUUGAAGAUAAGGAAAAUAAUUUACGCAUUGACAAACAUAACUUAACACUAAAGGAAACUAGUUUGAAUUUGAGCCUUUAUCAUGGAACUUCUCGUCUUGAUCCAUCGGUCAUAACAUUGAAUGAAUGGGAAAUGCAAACAAAUAAUAAUAUUAUAGCUGCCAGUAAAGAGAUAAAUAGCGCAAGACCUAUGCGCGUUUAUAUUGAUACAAUAAUAAAACAGACAAUCGAUGAUUUAAAUAGUCAAAAAAAUGCAACGGAUGAAGCGUUUAGAAAACGUAUAGAAGAAACAAAAGAAGUAAAAACUAAAUUAGAAGUACAACAUUCAGAGAUAAUGAGACAGGCAAGUGAAAUGACACGUAAUAUAACGCAAAUAGAAAAAUCAAUUGCUGAGAAAGAAGGCUAUAUGGCUUUAGCUCAUACAAGAUUAGGUAAUCGUUGUCAACGACCUGGUUUAGAGCUUACUAGAGAUCUCGUAGAGACAUAUCUUGUCAAAGAAGUCCAUGACUUACGUGAAAUUGUCAAGGAAUUACAGCAAACGCUCUGCGAGGCUCAAGCAUCAUUGCGUUAUUUAUUAAAAACGCAAAUUCAACUUGAAGAAGAUAUUAAUAUUAAAGCAAAUACAUUGAAAAUCGACGAAGUUGAUUGUAUGACAUUACGUCAAAGUAUGAGUUUUCAUGCAUUUUAA